AAUGGGGGAAGGCGCGGCGGCGGCGGCCCGGGGAGGGAGUGGGUAGAGUUGGAGCCUCAGAAAUCGAGCUCCGGGGGCGGGCGAGGAGAAAGCGGGGGGUGGGGGGCAGCAGGAGCUAGGGGCCACCCGGCUGCCGGAUGUAGUGACCGUGGUAAAUGUCUUGAGAACUGUGGGUUGCGUUGCCUUUAUGAUGCCGUGUUAUUGGAACCCUGGCGAAAAAUGGAACUAGUGUUGCAAUAAUGAGUUUUAAAGCUCCCCCAUGGAAAACAAAAACACAACCAAGCCGAUUUUUUUAAAAAAUGAAAAAAGACCCUCUGUGUUGUGUUCCCUCCUACGAUGGUUGAGUUGGUGGCUGGGGUUUGGGGGUGGGGGGUCCUGACAGUUGAACAGAUAAAUGACCCCGAACCAGGUGCUGAAAGUCCCAAGCUGUUACAGGGCCCCUGACCACCUCAAAGAGCCAAUCUUCCCUCCAUUCCCCCCAACCCCACGCCGGCCCCCGCCACCCCACAACCCGCCAGGAUUUAAUCUUUUAUGGAUUUUUUUUUCAAUCAGUUUAUAGUUUCCAGGAGGAAAGUCUGUAACGCUUUACUUUUUCUCUUCUUUUUUUAAAGUAAAGUGAGUGUCAGUAGAUGUGUUUUUUACAGUCUGGAUUUUAAAAAAAGUGGGGCAGGAGAGAGGGAACCAGGGAAAGGGCUGUUUAGAAAUACAGUUUGUGGCUCUGAGCGAUGCCACCGGCUUCCUCUACAGAGACUGCCAGUUUCCCUUUUUCUUUGCAAGGUGUGUGUGGUUUUAAUAAAUAACUUAAAAAAAAAAAAGAGGGGGCGGCAAGAUCCAUCAGGAGACAGGUAUCUAUUUUGCUCACUAUUUACUACCAAGAGCCUUUGGCACUAGAACAGAACCUCGUAAAUCUGCAGCCCAAGUUGAAGUUCAUCUGGCCCUAGUCCACACGCUAUUCCUGGAGGUAGCAAACAUGAGCUCAAAGGAGAGAGAUGAAAUCACAUUCUUGCUUUAAAAUAUAUACUUUUUUAAAAAAGACGAAAAGAUAUUUGUCUCUGGGGGAGGAGGAAAUGGCGAACAAGUACCAGGAGAUGGGCAUUCCUUUACUCUAAUGACUGCAGUUGAGUCUUCAGGCCAAAAUAGAAACCUGUAGAUGGGAACUCUCUCUCCACCUCCCCGCCCCGCCCGCCACCCCAAGCUUAUAAAUAGAAGUUUCCAGUAUCCUAUUUGGAAGACUUUCCAAUACUAGAGGCCGAAGCAUUGGCUAGUUUUAAGGGUCUGUUGAUAGUGACAGUAAGGCUAGAUGCUGUUCAUAAAAACUAGGCGACUUGAAGGAGACAGCCAGAAAAAGUGGGAAUUCUCCAAUUGCCCCUUUCCUCUUCUUUUCAGUUUUGAAAGGUUUUAUCCCAAUGCUUUCUUGAAAAGACUAACUUAUUCUGGGUUUGGUGGAUAGGGAUGGGACUCUAAAUUCUUAAGUUGUCGUUUGCUGAGGCCUUGAAGAGUUCCAGUUAUUGGUUGAGUAAAUGGUAGCCAUGGCUAGAUGUCAAAACCCUUCCUUCCCACUAUCCCCUACAGGGUAAUGACACUCACAACCCACUUUGUUGUGAAAAACUUAGAGAUUUAGAGGAGGCGGUGCAGCAGCGCCACCCCUCGGUAGGUGAAACUAUUGGCAAAAGUCAAUUUUUGAAAAAUAUUGGUAAGUGAACUUAUGAAACAUUUUUUCCCCCGGAGAUUUAAAAAAAAUAGGGGAGAUAAAACUAACGGAUAAAAAGGACUUUGAAGUUUAUCAAGUAGGGAAGAAAAAUGUUGCUUUCCAACUAGGAUGGUGUUAUAAUAGGCAACGUGGUUCUAAUAUAUUUAUAUUUUUUUUGGUGGGGGGAGGGUGCCUGGUUGAUUUUAAGUAGAAGAGUUCUCCAGGCGGAGGUUGCCCGGCCUUCCCCUGGAUUGACUUCUCAGGGCAUCUUAAUUCUGCUGCCUGUCUGAUACCGAAAUAGUGAGGGAUGUUUUGGUGUAAAACACCAUAGUGGCUGGAAAUGCUGUAGUUUUGCCGGCGGUGGCAGGACGUAUAUGUAGGGAGUGUGUUGAGGAGGUUUGUGGAUGGCGUGGAGCAAUGGUAGGUAGCCCUCUGUGAGUCAGCAUCGAAUGGCGCGUGCGGGUUUCCAGCACUGCGCAACAAGUGGGACCGCCGCUGCCGCCGCGAGCACAGCGAGGGUGCAGCGUAGUGGCAGAACUGGCUGCUUUCUCUUUGCCCCAGUGGAAACCAGGAACGGCCCCUCCCAACCCUCCCGAUGUCCACUCCGAGACCCACAACUUCACCAAAAGACCAUACCCGACUCCCCACUCCCCCGCUUUGCCAGGCGCAGUGAGCCUGAGGGGGAUCCCAGCACUCGGCCCCCAGCGCCCCUUUCCUCCGAGAAGAUCAGGAGUUUAUUCCCGACUUUCUUUGCUGGAUGACCAGUGUUUGGCAAGAAUCUCUGCCAAUACCGUCGAGUGUCAUUCUGCCUUUUGAAGACAAGUGCACCUUCUUUCCCUUCCCAGUACAUAAAGCUUUUCGGAGGCUGGGGGGGAAAUCAACGUAUGAUACAUGAAACCAGCUCCAGAUACCGCGUUGUGGUUGCUAGAGGCGGGAGCAUCGGGAAGAACGGAAUUACACCCACUAAAUUAAAUGUUUUCUAGCUUUGCUUUUAGAGGCAAUCACACCCCCAACCCUCUUCCCCACCAGACAGAAGAUAAAGAGGGGCGGUUAGGGGUCGGUGUGGAAGCUGCGGCCGCGCGGCGAUUCUCGGACGGGCUGGCCUGCCACCUAGCGGUGGGCUGAGAUCGAGUUCGCGGCCAUGGGCGGUGGGCUCGCCGUUCCACCUCCCGGGCGGCGGUACCCUGACCAGAUCUAGGACUGACAGAAGGAGGGCACCCUCCAAUGGGGAUGGCAUACAACCUCCAAAGUUUUGACAAGAGGGAUGAAAAUCAGAAAGGCCUCGCUGCUCGCCCAUCACUCAGCGAUGAGCAUCUAUUUCCACUAAGAGAAACCACAAAUAACCCGCUUCGAACACACCAUCUUCCUGUCCCUGUGGCCCUUCUUAGGGGAAGUCGGUAGUGGAAGGAUGCCAUCUAGGAGCUCAGGGGCUUUGGGACGUGCAACUCUGUUUUACAGUUGAGGAAACAGUCCCGACGAGGAGGCUUGUUAGUGGUGAGUUAGUGACUUAACCAGGACCAGAUUUUAAGCUUCUGAAUUUCAUGUCAGUGACUGAAAGUCAAAGGCGGGUUUAUCUCAGCUCCUUUGAAGUAUUUAUGAGAAAGGAGCGGCCGCCAGAACCAUGAGUUUAACCUCUUAGGCCACCUUUGUUGCCAGUGUUCAUUGGAAACUGCUCCCCAGCAGUCUUGGAGGAUUUUUUUUUUUUUUUUUUUAAAGAAAAUAUGGCCUAAGAUUUCGGUAAUAGACACGAAAAGCCUAGACGGUGCUGAAGGGUGUGGGUCUCAGAGCUCGGGGGUUUGCGUGUUAAGAGGGGGGUUAAGGCCUGGACCAAAGACUUGCAGGGGGAGCCUUGAUUCUGAAAUCGCUCUCUUCCCCUUCCUAACAUCCUCUGCAUAGCAGCCUGGCGAGAAACCGGGGGUGUGUGUGUGAGGGGGUGGGGGUCAUGUGGAUAGGCCAGAAUUUGUGCCACAACAGUUCCUCCAUAAAGUUUUCUUUCUCCGAGCUCGUGACUUAAGAUGGCAAACGCGCGUCCGCAUGCUGGCGGCCCCUAGCGGCAGCAGGCGCGUUCUGCAGCGGGAGACAGCGCCGUCUCCCCAGCCCGAGUCCGCGGGGAUCGAGUUCGGCCUCUCCCACUGCGGGAGCCGGCAGAGGCCGCGUCGGAGAAACGCGCCUCUGUUCGGACUGGAAACGAAUCUGGGAACGAGUUUGAAGCGCGGUCAAGUUUGACUCAUCGCUUUCCAAGGACAGUUAGUGCCUUCCAUCUUCAUUAACGUGAAUAAGGACCUUGGCUGACUUCUUUCCAGAUCGGAUUUUUAAAGGCAUUGUUUGCUUGAGGAGAUCAUGCUUCUCCCCUCCCCCGCCAGCCUUUUUGCAAAGGCUGAGCCCAGUCCAGCCAGGACGGCCGAGGGAUCUCUGCUCCGGGACGCGUUUUGCUGGCAUUGCCUUCGGGCCCUUCUGGAAGGCUGUCUCGCGCUAAGCGGAUGGGGAACGUCCCUUCUGCAACUCCUCUUCAGAUCUUGAUGAUAAAACACAUCCCUCUGUUUUAUUGCAUUUCCUAGAAGCUUGCAGGCUUGCAAGGGCACUGUUGGCAGGAAACGUGAUAGAAAUGAAAGUCAGGACAUAAUGUCCCCGAACACCUCGGUUAUCCAAAGCGGCUGCCGAGGCCAUCGCGUUAUCAAAUUCGCUUUUAUUCACUGUCGUCUCCUGCACCCUCCCGUUCCCCAGCCAAGAGGGCGAAGAGUGUUUUCCCCCAAGAAUAAAAACAGCUCCGCGAUUUGACCUCACCCCCUGCCGCCGGACCACGGUGGUGUCUGCAGCCGUGCAGCUAGUUGGCUGAAACACUGCUGAAACCGGGAGCCCCACGGCAGGGCCCCUGAUGCGGGGUUCACUACGGCAGUUCCAGCCUUAUUAAAAUUCCUUGUCCUUGUCCCUAAACAGUGCUUUACACUUUCAGAUUUCCCUUUGGAUUUUUCAGCGGGUUAUUGGAGUUAUUAGAUUACCAAUAAUCCAACAGCCGGCCUGGCUAGAGAGGAGGGGGGAAGGGCGGAAGGCAUUCUCCAAAUCGGGAGGCCCUGGCCAAACUAGGUCAAUGGGAAGGAGGGGAGGGGCGAGAAAGGGGUUGACGGUUUCAAACCUUGAUGGAGGGCUCUCUCUAGCGUUAGGCAGCGGUAAAAACACCAUUAGGUUUGAGCUCCCGGAACCACGGGACUCCUAAUUUCCAAUAAAUGCACUUACUUAAUUUUAACUUCCCAGAUUCUCAUCCCUACCCCCAUAUUAAAUCCCAACCGUCUCUUUCACCUUUAUCCCACCGGGCGAAGGGGUGAGAAAGCUUCAAUGUAGGACUUUGAGGCCAAAGGCUCCGUCUUUGCAGACCGACUCUGACCCUUCCGCUUGCCGCAGAAGGGAUGAGCGGCGCAGUGUGACGCCACUGGCUAGUUUUAGGACCAGACUGCGGCCUUUGUGGCUGAGUCUUUCGCUGUCCCCUGGCCUCCGAAAGCGCACCCCGGAGCCUGCUACCGAGACCAAUUAGGACAUGGCACCCGGGGGUUAUAAUUCCCGGGAGGGCUACAGGAAGGCGAGGCAACUUUGGAGAGUGCCAGUGCGCGCGCAGGGGUCGGGGCCCUGGCCUUUGCCGAGUCCAAGCUGUGUCUCUACGGUUUCGGGGAAAUCGGAUUCGGAAAUCCUUACGGCUUGGCAGCUCCUAUUCUAAAGACUCUGGGCGGAAACCAAGUGGAGCUGGGUUCCCGUUCUUGCCAACGUAGGCGGAAGGGGCUUUCUGUUUAGUUUUUCUCCAACCUUGCCUGAGGCGCCUAUGAUGGAGACCCUCGGCUCCUAGGGACUCCAUCUUUUUGACCUUGAAGUCUCGCCCAAACAUUCCCCUAAAAGAACGGGGAUGAGGGAGAAUGGAAGGCAAAAAGAGGGAAAAAAGCAAAUAAACUUCGGAAUCAGACAACUUAAAGUCUCGAUAUGAGCCUCGGAUUGUAUUCGAACUCCUGGGUUCUAGACCCAGCUCUGCUACUAACUUGUCUGACCUUCCCCAUUUAUAAACUGUUGUGGGUGAGAGGUUGGACUAGGUGAACUCUGAAAGCCCUGCACUCGGCGCGGACGAGGGAUUUAGGGGAAAGUGUGCUGUAUUCCCCGCGAGCCUUCCCCAGCGGCCCCGCCUCCCCGGGUGAAUCCCCGGCGGCCAGCGCAGCGCAGGCAGCGAUCCUGGCAGCUGCCAGGGCCCGGCAGCUUCCUGGAAAGUUACUUCUUGUUGGAGCCGGCGAUAGGCAAAGUGUGUUCUGUGAAAUCUGCAGGGCCGAGAUUGACUACGUUCCGGGAAUGAGAGGGCUGUGUCAUUCCCCUCAUUGCCCGCUGCCUUGACGGCGUAACAGGAAAAAAAAAAAAAAAAAAAAAAAGGCAUACACACAAUGUUAACUACCGAGGUGCACGAAAAGUUUUAUUUGAAUGUAACUAAAUUAAGGGCCGCCACGGUCAUACCACAAAGCCUCCGUCGCGCCUUGCGGGGGGCUUCGAGGUGGAUCGCCCACGGGCGGGCAGUCCCUGGAAGACAGGUUUUGAGCAAAAUUUUGGACUGUGAAGCAAGGCAUUGGUGAAGACAAAAUGGCCUCGCCGGCUGACAGCUGUAUCCAGUUCACCCGCCAUGCCAGUGAUGUUCUUCUCAACCUUAAUCGUCUCCGGAGUCGAGACAUCUUGACUGAUGUUGUCAUUGUUGUGAGCCGUGAGCAGUUUAGAGCCCAUAAAACGGUCCUCAUGGCCUGCAGUGGCCUGUUCUAUAGCAUCUUUACAGACCAGUUGAAAUGCAACCUUAGUGUGAUCAAUCUAGAUCCUGAGAUCAACCCUGAGGGGUUCUGCAUCCUCCUGGACUUUAUGUACACAUCUCGGCUCAAUUUGCGGGAGGGCAACAUCAUGGCUGUGAUGGCCACAGCUAUGUACCUGCAGAUGGAGCAUGUUGUGGACACUUGCCGGAAGUUUAUCAAGGCCAGUGAAGCAGAGAUGAUUCCUGCCAUCAAGCCCCCUCGUGAAGAGUUCCCCAACAGCCGGAUGCUGAUGCCCCACGACAUCAUGGCCUAUCGGGGUCGUGAGGUGGUGGAGAACAACCUGCCACUGAGGAACGCCCCUGGGUGUGAGAGCAGAGCCUUCGCCCCCAGCCUGUACAGUGGCCUGUCCACACCGCCAGCCUCUUAUUCCAUGUAUAGCCACCUCCCUGUCAGCAGCCUCCUCUUCUCCGAUGAGGAGUUUCGGGAUGUCCGGAUGCCUAUGGCCAACCCCUUCCCCAAGGAGCGGGCCCUCCCAUGUGAUAGUGCCAGGCCAGUCCCCGGUGAGUACAGCCGGCCGGCCUUGGAGGUGUCCCCCAGUGUGUGCCACAGCAAUAUCUAUUCACCCAAGGAAACAGUCCCAGAAGAGGCACGAAGUGAUAUGCACUACAGUGUGGCUGAGGGCCUCAAGCCUGCUGCCCCCUCAGCCCGAAAUGCCCCCUACUUCCCUUGUGACAAGGCCAGCAAAGAAGAAGAGAGACCCUCUUCGGAAGAUGAGAUUGCCCUGCAUUUCGAGCCCCCCAAUGCACCCCUGAACCGGAAGGGUCUGGUUAGUCCACAGAGCCCCCAGAAAUCUGACUGCCAGCCCAACUCACCCACAGAGUCCUGCAGCAGUAAGAAUGCCUGCAUCCUCCAGGCCUCUGGCUCCCCUCCAGCCAAGAGCCCCACUGACCCCAAAGCCUGCAACUGGAAGAAAUACAAGUUCAUCGUGCUCAACAGCCUCAACCAGAAUGCCAAACCAGAGGGGCCUGAGCAGGCUGAGCUGGGCCGCCUUUCCCCACGAGCCUACACUGCCCCACCUGCCUGCCAGCCACCCAUGGAGCCUGAGAACCUUGACCUCCAGUCCCCAACCAAGCUCAGUGCCAGCGGGGAGGACUCCACCAUCCCACAAGCCAGCCGGCUCAAUAGCAUCGUUAACAGGUCCAUGACGGGCUCUCCCCGCAGCAGCAGCGAGAGCCACUCACCACUCUAUAUGCACCCCCCGAAGUGCACGUCCUGCGGCUGUCAGUCCCCACAGCACGCAGAGAUGUGCCUCCACACCGCUGGCCCCACGUUUCCUGAGGAGAUGGGAGAGACCCAGUCUGAGUACUCAGACUCCAGCUGUGAGAACGGGGCCUUCUUCUGCAAUGAGUGUGACUGCCGCUUCUCUGAGGAGGCCUCACUCAAGAGGCACACGUUGCAGACCCACAGUGACAAACCCUACAAGUGUGACCGCUGCCAGGCCUCCUUCCGCUACAAGGGCAACCUCGCCAGCCACAAGACCGUCCAUACCGGUGAGAAACCCUAUCGUUGCAACAUCUGUGGGGCCCAGUUCAACCGGCCAGCCAACCUGAAAACCCACACUCGAAUUCACUCUGGAGAGAAGCCCUACAAAUGCGAAACCUGUGGAGCCAGAUUUGUACAGGUGGCCCACCUCCGUGCCCACGUGCUCAUCCACACUGGCGAGAAGCCCUAUCCCUGUGAAAUCUGUGGCACCCGUUUCCGGCACCUUCAGACUCUGAAGAGCCACCUGCGAAUCCACACGGGAGAGAAACCUUACCAUUGUGAGAAGUGUAACCUGCAUUUCCGUCACAAAAGCCAGCUGCGACUUCACUUGCGCCAGAAGCAUGGCGCCAUCACCAACACCAAGGUGCAAUACCGCGUGUCAGCCACUGACCUGCCUCCGGAGCUCCCCAAAGCCUGCUGAAGCAUGGAGUGUUGUUGCUUUCGUCUCCAGCCCCUUCUCAGAAUCUACCCAAAGGAUACUGGAACACUUUACAAUGUUCAUCCCAUGAUGUAGUGCCUCUUUCAUCCACUAGUGCAAAUCAUAGCUGGAGGUGGGGGGGGUGGGGGUCGGGGCCUGGGGGAUCGGGAGCCGCAGCAGCUCCCCCUCCCCCACUGCCAUAAAACAUUAAGAAAAUCAUAUUGCUUCUUCUCCUAUGUGUAAGGUGAACCAUGUCAGCAAAAAGCAAAAUCAUUUUAUAUGUCAAAGCAGGGGAGUAUGCAAAAGUUCUGACUUGACUUUAGUCUGCAAAAUGAGGAAUGUAUAUGUUUUGUGGGAACAGAUGUUUCUUUUGUAUGUAAAUGUGCAUUCUUUUAAAAGACAAGACUUCAGUAUGUUAUCAAAGAGAGGGCUUUAAUUUUUUUAACCAAAGGUGAAGGAAUAUAUGGCAGAGUUGUAAAUAUAUAAAUAUAUAUAUAUAUAUAAAAUAAAUAUAUAUAAACCUAAAAAAGAUAUAUUAAAAAUAUAAAACUGCGUUAAAGGCUCGAUUUUGUAUCUGCAGGCAGACACGGAUCUGAGAAUCUUUAUUGAGAAAGAGCACUUAAGAGAAUAUUUUAAGUAUUGCAUCUGUAUAAGUAAGAAAAUAUUUUGUCUAAAAUGCCUCAGUGUAUUUGUAUUUUUUUGCAAGUGAAGGUUUACAAUUUACAAAGUGUGUAUUAAAAAAAAAAGAACAAAAAAAUCUGCAGAAGGAAAAACGUGUAAUUUUGUUGUAGUUUUCAGUUUGUAUAUACCCGUACGACGUGUCCUCACGGUGCCUUUUUUCACGGAAGUUUUCAAUGAUGGACGAGCGUGCGCCAUCCCUUUUUGAAGUGUAGGCAGACACAGGGACUUGAAGUUGUUACUAACUAAACUCUCUUUGGGAAUGUUUGUCUCAUCCCAUUCUGCGUCAUGCUUGUGUUAUAACUACUCCGGAGACAGGGUUUGGCUGUGUCUAAACUGCAUUACCGCGUUGUAAAAUAUAGCUGUACAAAUAUAAGAAUAAAAUGUUGAAAAGUCAA